AUGCCAGCUCAAGUCCAGCAUGACGGCCUCAGUGCCACGUUCAACGGCACUCAGAAGGCAGUAGAUGGAGUUGUGAUUGAUCAGUUCCUCGGAAUUAAAUAUGCCGACAUCCCUGCGCGGUUUGAGAGGGCGCAGCCUGUAACAGGUUUCGGUGGUGCCAUCGUGGAUGCCUCGCAAUUUGGGUAUGUGGUCGUCCCCCCAGAUGUCCUCAAGCUGACGUUGAUGUCCGUCAUUUGCUGCGCAUUCCCGAGGAUUUUGAGCUCCCCAAAGAACCCCGAGGAUGAAUUCGAAUGCCUCAACUUGGAGAUUACUCGGCCAUCAGGAGCGUCCAUCAAAGGACCUCUUCCGGUGCUAGUCUGGAUUCAUGGCGGCUCCCAGAUCGUCACAUUUUGUUCCGCUGCGUCCAAAAUUUGCGAUCCUACUAAAAUUGUGGCCGAUUCCGUCAAGGCGGGUCAACCGAUCAUUUUUGUUUCCAUCAACUAUCGUCUGAACAUCUUCAGCUUCGGUGAUGGCAAAGAAAAGAACCUCGCGCUGAAGGACCAGCGGCUAGGUAUUGACUGGGUGCGCAAGAACAUUGCGGCCUUUGGAGGGGAUCCUACCAACAUUACUCUUUCUGGUGAGAGCGCCGGUGCAAUCUAUGUCCAUGCCCAUCUGAUCACGGGCCCUUCCGUUAAGAGGGCCGUCCUGGCAUCUGGAUCUCUCUACCUCUCGUCACCACUACCCCUGGAAAAGGGCGACGCUCUUAUAGGCGCGCUUGAGGCGAAGGUAAAAGAGCUCGGACAGCCAUCUCUUCGUGAAUCCUCGGUCUCCGUGUUGAUCCAGGCGAUGAAGGACUGCAAUGUCAACACCAUGUGGAUUCAAGAGGAAGAGGAGCUUGAUGGCUGGAGUACAAAGCCAGAGCAAGUUGAGGAACUCAUGAUUGGCGACACAGAAUACGAGUCUGUCAUCUGGAGAAACGGCAUUGAGACAUUUGACGGACCAACGAUUGCGGCCGCUUUCGAUCAAGACAAGCAAUGGGGAACAAAGCUUCGUAAGAUGUACCAGGUGGUGGCAGAUCGUCCCACGGCUUGCAAACUAGGCGCUUUGGAUCUGGUCAACGACGUGCGCUACACGUUGCCGGUGGAGGUACUCAGUGAGAAGCUCCAGGCCGCCAACAAGCAAGUGUACAAAUAUGUUGUCGACCAGCCCAACCCGUGGCAGUCUUCGAGCCGGGCUCAUCAUGCGGUUGAUCUCCUCUUCCUCUUUGGGGGGAUUGACCUCGGAUUUAAUCCUGCAGCGGAGACAGUAGGACAGGAGAUGAGGAACCGUUGGGUCCAGUUUGUAAACGGAAAAGCACCCUGGUCCAGGGAGAGACGCUUUGCAUAUGGACCUGUUGGGGAUUGUAAGGAGAUCUCUGAAGCGCAAUUCGCAGGACGCCGGCGCACUGAGCAUUUGAAAGCUCUCCGAGAGGCUGGCCCGGGAGUGUACAUGCCGAUUGUGUUUGCUUUGACAGCUGGAAAGAUCAGUUUGUUGAAUUAG